UGAGUUUCAUUUUUCUUGGAAAUUUCAACUUUCAUUUUGGCUUUUGUUUUCCCUUCAAUCUUUUCCCUUUUCUUCCAUCACUCCCAUAUUCCCCUUUUCAGAGUAAAAAGUUAGAAUCUUUUUUCAUUCUUUACUCUUUUUUUGGGACUUUGAGUUGUUGUUUCAUUGAAUCCAGGAACCAAACGACGGCGGUACAGUCGAGGAGCAGGAGAUGUUGGUACCAUCACAGUCACCGUCCUUCUUGUUGUCUUCUCCAGAAAUACCUUCAAACCUAAGUGUUUCUGAUAUUGGGCCUGAGAGGUGGGCGGUGGCUGAGAAAGUCACUCAGAACAUUCUUCGGAGAGUUCAGCCCACUACUGUAUCGGAAAACCGAAGACGAAGUGUCAUUGAAUAUGUUCAGAACUUGGUCCGAGGUUCACUUCGUUGUGAGGUAUUUCCUUACGGUUCUGUCCCAUUAAAGACCUAUCUUCCGGAUGGAGAUAUUGAUUUGACCGCAUUUGUUGGAAAAGAUUUUGAGGAUGCUUUUGCUGAUGAUAUGGUGUCUACACUUGAAGCAGAAGAUCGAAAUAAGGAUGCAGAAUUCGCUGUAAAAGAUGUUCAAUUGAUUCGUGCUGAGGUUAAGCUUGUAAAAUGCAUUGUGCAGAACAUAGUUGUUGAUAUUUCCUUAAACCAAAUAGGUGGCCUUUGUACUCUCGGCUUUCUUGAGCAGGUUGAUCGCCUCAUUGGAAAAGAUCAUCUAUUUAAGCGCAGCAUUAUCUUGAUAAAAACUUGGUGCUAUUAUGAAAGCCGUCUUCUUGGUGCUCAUCACGGCUUGUUUUCUACUUAUGCCUUAGAAACUUUGGUUCUGUACAUCUUUCAUUUUUUUCAUACAACACUAGAUGGUCCCUUAGCCGUUCUAUAUAAAUUUUUGGACUACUUCGGCAAGUUCGAUUGGGAUAACUAUUAUGUUAGUCUAACUGGGCCUGUUCGCAUAUCCUCUUUACCGGAAUAUGUUGUUGAGGUGCCUGAAAAUGAUGGUGGUGAUGUACUGCUCAGCAAUGAUUUCAUUAGAUAUUGUCUUGAAAGGUUUUCAGUGCCUUCUAAAGGCGGUGAUUUAAAUUCCCGGAAAAUUCAGCACAAGUAUCUUAACAUAAUUGAUCCUCUAAAGGAAAGUAAUAAUCUUGGUCGAAGUGUCAGUAAAGGGAAUUUCUACCGGAUACGAAGUGCCAUCAAUUAUGGGGCUAGAAAGCUGGAAAGCAUUCUUCUACAAUCCGAAGAUAAUAUUGUGGAGGAACUUUAUAGGUUUUUCCCUAAUACUAUGGAUCGGCAUGAUAGUGGAGAGAGGCCUGAUGUUCAAGAUCCGAGCAAUGACUUCUGUCUUGCCUCUCCUGCCUCUCCUGCUCCAAAUUUUGAUCCAUCACAAAUAGAGCAGGGAAAAUCUGAAUUAAGUUUUGCCAGUGAUGGUGGAACACAUGGAAUUUGUAAGCUCAAUCCUGAUGGAUCUUCUUGCAGAGAAGAUGGACAUCAGAAAGGCACUACAGAGGCACAUCAAUCUAUGCUGCCGUUGAUGGCAGAGAGGCAUGGAACGGGAAGCCCGUUGGGUUACCGUCUUUUUGGUGAUGCAGUAGAUCUUGCUAGCUCCAUUGAGAAUGGCCUUUCAAUAUCUACAGAUAGGCCUGAAUUUGGUGAUUCAAGUAGCAAAAAGUGCCAAUUAACUCGGGGUAUGCCUCAUCAUGCACCUCAUCUAUUUUUUGCUGACUCCCAUGUGUACAAUAGGGAGAUGAAAAAUGAGAUUUCCCAUAUGAAACAGUUUGGCAACUCUGAGAAGAAUGUUUCAUCUGGGUCAUCGCCGCCUACUAAUGAGGGAAAGAAUUUUACUGUCCAUGGUUUGAAGCAGACUGUUUUGGAUGUUAAGGAAGCUAUCUCUUCUAUUCCAAACUCUGGAGGUGAUCAUUUGAACUGGGAUUUGGCAUCAACAAGUGGUGCUGAACUUUCUUUGAAAGCUUUAUCUGAUCUAAGUGGGGACUAUGAUAAUUACCUCAAGUAUUUGCAGUAUGGGCACUGGUUUUAUGAAUAUGCCUUGAAUAUUCCUGCUCUGCCUGUACCUCAAGCACCACCAUCUCCAUAUCACAUGAAGUACUCAUGGGAAGCUGCUCAGCAGCCGUCAUAUAUGAAAACAAAUGGGUUUUCUCAUGGGAGUACAAAUGGUGUUAUCCCAAGUCAAGCAUUUUACCCCAUAAAUCCAAUGUUAAUGCAUAGUAUGCCUUAUGCUGCCUUGGAAGAGAUGCCAAAGCAACGGGGAACUGGGACAUACUUCCCGAAUUUGAAUCAUCCUCCACAUGGUUAUAGGCCAUCAAUAGUGAAGGGUAGACAUCAGGCAGGAUUGAGCUCUCCCAGAACUAAUGGCCGGGCAACUUUCACGGAGAUGCACACAUUUGAGAGAAGUUUCCAUGAGCAGCUGCAAUCUGAAUCUUCUGCUGAUCAAAGUAAUGUCCACCCUUUAUCAUCCUCUCAUAGGAGGGGACACCAUAGCAUGACAGGUAUGGUUUUACCGACCGAGGGAAUGGUUGAAUUUGGUUCUGUUGGUGUGCUGCCUUUGGGAACAAGCAUUUCCGAAAGGAGUAGGCAACAAAGAGCUGUUUCUUCUCCUACUCAACAGUGCAGCCCUGUAUCUCCAAUACCAGCAUUUCAGAGGUCAAAUUCUGUUUUUAGUAAGGAACUUGAUAGGGUUACCCUCAAGUCAUCAUACCAUCUAAAAGAUGAAGAUGAUUUCCCUCCUUUGUCUUUCUGAAUGUGGGUUCUGGAGAUGCUCCUGGUGUUCUGCUAGAAAAGAAGUAUGAUCUGGGCAUUUCUGCCUCAUAGUCGUUGUGAUUUCAAAUACAUGAUGUACCAUUAGUUUUUUAAUGUGUAACUUUGUUCAAGGUGUUUGUACAAUAUUACAGAUGAUGUGUUUAUGUGUGUUGCAAUUGUAUAGGAUGUUAAAAUCAUAGAAGUUCUUUUAUGAAGCUGUGCUCAUGAUUAUAAGUUGUAGGCUUGUCAUAAGAUGACUUUUGGUUAAGUGCAUCAUUUGUAACAACAGGUAGGGAGUGAAUGGAGAUGUUGGAAUGAAAACAUCCUUUAGUUA